GGCAUGGUGGGACUUGUAGUUCCCGGGCUCCACUCAGGAAUCAGGAAUUUCGCCAUAGUCGCAUGGGACCACACUGUGCCUGGAGACCGACAACACUUCGGAGUUGACUUUCAGCGAGAAUUCAGGAGGACAGCAGAGGUUGAACAAAAUGCCAGUAUCACAAGGCUCAAUCAUGGAGGUUCAAUCAUGACCGCAGGCAUCCCUGAGGAUGGGCUUCCUUGCUAAUGGUCACCUCCCGGAAGAUCCCCCCUGCCAGCCGCUGCUUACCCAAGCGGCACACAGGUUGAGGACAAGCAGUUUUCUCUGAGGAACAUAUUGGACCAUGGAUUACUACAAACUUCAGACUUUUUAAGUGUGCACAGUGCUUGAUUUGAGGAUAACCUUUGGUCUAACUUUGGCGUCUCCUUUUAAGUCUUGACGCAAGUGCAUAUCUGUUGAAUCUUUUGGAGAAAAUGGAUAAUCCUUCCUGUAUUAAGGAAUGUUACAAUCACUGUCAAGCAAUUCUUCAGAAACUUCACGAACAGCGAACUAUGGGUUUGUUUUGUGAUAUUGCAGUUGUCGUAGAGGGAAAGACUUUUCAUGCUCACAAGAACAUCUUGUCUGCAUGCAGCAGCUACUUCUACACAACCCUGAGCAAGAAUAACCAGGAGUGCACAGUUGUCCUGGACACAGUCAGCUUGGAGGGCUUUAGCCAUUUGUUAGAGUUUUUUUAUACUUCUCAGGUCCCAGGUUGUCACAUGCGUGACUUCCUUUCAGCUGCUCAGAGUCUAAAUGUUUGUGUACCAGUAAAACAUCACAUGGAGAACAGUGGAAUAAAUGGGAAUGGCCAAGGAUCAGGCAAAGAGGUCUGUAAAGUAAAGAAUGUUCUUGUGAAAAAACAAGAGGUGGGAUUAGAUUUAGAAGACCUGGAGUUGCUUAAGAGAAUGAAGGAGGAUAAUUCUGUACAGAUGUUGAGUCCACAGUGUAAGGCUGAUAUGAACAAUGAAUUAGUUGUUAGCAGAAAGGUGCACAGUGCAUGCCUGGCCAAAAUUAAAACUCGAUUGCAGACUGCCAGGUUAGCUAGGGCAAUUGCUUCUAGCAGAAAAUCUCAGCAUCCAAAGACCAGACUAAUUCAUGUCAAUGGGAGGAAGGAGAAGCAAGAGACUGUGGCCAAAUCCGAGAAUUGUAAGGCUCCAUGUCAAUGGACUAAAGUUAGAAUAAGUGGGUCUCCGAGAAAGGCUGUGCCUGAAAUAGCGAAUAUCCCUUUGGAGGAGAGAGACUCAAGGUGUGAUAUGCAUGAUAAUGCCAGAAAUAGCAACAAUGCUUUGCCAUCUUUGAAUGUGGAAUGCUCUCUAGCGACACAUUGUAGCAGGCCAAAAAGGUCGAGGAGGAAACCGGGGAAGGAUUCUGCAUUAAUGACAGAAGGCCUUUCAGGAGAUGGAGAUGACAUUCUGGAAAGAAAACGAGUGAGAUGUGAAGGUUGUAAGAAGCUGCUGCCAUAUACACGCUACCUUUCCCAUCAGGUUUCCACUGGUGAGGGGUCCUUCAGAUGUGAUGUUUGUGAGAAAUUGUUCAGUUACAGUUGCCAGCUAAGCCAGCACCAGAAAACUCACCACAGCAAGAAGUUAUAUCAGUGCGACCAGUGUGGGAAACAACUCAAAUCCAUGGAAAAGCUGCGUGACCAUGUGGCGUACCAUGGAGAUGCCAGGCCCCAUCAAUGCAGUCUGUGUGACAAGGCAUACAAGGUGAAAAAUGAUCUAACCCAGCACAUCCGUGUGAAGCAUAUGGAAGCAUCAAAGGGCAAACCACCCCUGGUGCAGCUGUGUGAAUUCUGUGGUCAGGCUGUGAAACACUACAAGAGCCACAAGAUUUUCUGCAGUGGCAUUAAGAAGUUCCAGUGCAAGUUUUGUCUACAGGCAUUUUAUCGCUUGUCUGAGCUGAAGAGGCACACAUGGACCCACACAGGGGAGCUGCCUUAUCAGUGUCGAGUAUGUGGAAAGCGCUGCCGUCAUCCCAGUAACCUAAAGAAGCACAUUAGAACAGUUCACAAAGAGGAGAUCCGAGUGCAGAUCGACAAAGAGCAUGCCUCCCCGAAGCUUCUGAAGGACUUUUUACCCCGAGAGAUGGAGAAUGAUCGCUUGAUCAUGGGAAACAGCAGCUUUCUGGACAUGACUCAAUCUGAUGUUCGGUUGGGUGGAUCAGUGCCCUCUACGAUACCCUCUUUCACAACUGCCAUUGCAAUCCCUGAUGCAGUGCCAAGCAUGUCACAUGUGCUCUGCACAGCUCCUGUUGAUUGUAAUGCUGACAUUCCACCUAUAUACACAACUGUCUCUGCUGCUUUAGAAAGGCACCAUGAUAAGAUGAUCAGUCCACUUCCAUCUUUCAAGUCUCUCCUUACUAGCCCCCAUAUGGAUAUGCUGCAGAAUUCUUUUCACCAGACAGCAGUCUUAGAGCAGAAGCUUCAGUGACUUUGGAAAUUGGACUGGAGGAAUAAACUGGAGGAAACACAAUGCACAGAUGAAAUUAACCACCAGGAGGUCUACACUUAUUAACAUUUUCCCUCAUAUUGUUGAUUUUUGCAAACUGCGGCCUGCAAAUUAACGGAAAACUUGAGAAGAAUGUUGCAGUCUUAUUUUCAAAUUGACCUGCUACAUUAUAUUUUUUUGUAUUCAAUGUUAGUUAUUGACGAUAGCUUGCAAAGGCAUUUUCCCCCCACAUGGUCUAAUAGAUCUGUUAAAGUAAGUGUGACUUUGUUGAGUUGCUGUUAAAGCAGUGCUCAGUCCUAAAAGGAGACCGGAGAAGAGAGCAGAAGUAGAUUUACUGAUCAACCUUGUCUCCUGACUCUCUUCCCCUCCCUCAAGGUAAGGAAUGGUGAUAUUGUUGCUAUAAUUCAACAGAAGGCACUACUCUCCAGUGUAAGACCCGACAAACAACAUGGGAAAAGUAUAACACUGUAUUCCUAUGGGUGAAGCAUGUAAAUUAUGGAUUUUUCUGGAAACUGUCCAUGUUUUGGAAGAGCUGUGAUAGUGUGGUUAUUAUGUUUGCUUUCCUUUACUAUCAUCGGCCACUGUAGUGAUUAAGGGGAAGUGAUCCUGCAUCCCUGGCAACAACACUUCAUUUUGUGAGCCAAGAACACUAAGACUAAAAAAAAAAUGUAAUUUCUCUCCCAGGUUAGAUUUUCAAAUGACUCCAUUGCAGACGUUCCACUGUUGAGGGUUAGUGCUGAUAGUUGACCUUGCCCUAAACAAACUAAUGUGCCUUUAUGGCCAGAAACUGUGUUAAUAUGCAGUGACUCUGUUUGCUGCCUGUACCAUGGGGGAAGUACAGUAUGCUGUACACAGGUAGUUCUAGAAAUUUUUUGAUUAAGUAUUUUUUUAAAGUUACAUAGGAAAUAUCACAGACAUGAAAUUAUUUUUAGUAAGUUUUAAGUUGUUACCACAAGUUAAUUUUGGGGGGAAAAAAUGGUCAGUAUAUUCAAGCCAUAGAAUCAAAAUACUGUAAUUUUUUAAUGAGGUUAGUCCAGAUGAGCUUUGAGAAGCUGGUUAAGUUAUUACAAUAGCAUUACUGCUUCAAGGCUAAUACUUAUUAGAAGGUUCAAAAUGUACUACAUUCAAAAAAAAUAAAAUAUUUACAUUUUUAAUAAAAA